AACUCAAGCACACAUCCCAUUCACGCUUGUAUAGUCGUAUUGUACCGCACUCAAAUUCUUCUCCCUUCUCACAUCAUACACUGCUCCUCCCCAACCGCUUUCUCUCCUCUUUACUUAACUCCCUUCUUUGACGAUUUUUUCCCCUAAAAAGGAUCUCGCAUCCUUUCCUUCCUCAUAAUGCGUCGGAACUUGGCGGCACUGGUGCUUUUCUGCUCCACGGCUGCUGUUUUUGCUAUUGUUGGUGCGGAUGACCCGUACAGGUUCUUCAACUGGAAUGUCACCUACGGAGACAUUUACCCACUUGGAGUUCGUCAGCAGGGGAUACUCAUCAAUGGCCAAUUUCCGGGUCCUGAUAUUCACUCUGUUACCAAUGAUAAUCUCAUCAUCAACGUGUUUAACAGCUUAGACGAACCUUUUCUCAUCUCCUGGUAAGCUCUUUAUCUCUUCAACUUUUUGUAAAAAUUUGAACACAGUGAUUUUUUUUUUCUUAUCUUUAUUUGAGUGUCUGUCACGUCACAUGGGUACGUGUUCAUGAUCUGACAGCUUUUACUCUGUCAAUAAAAAGCAUGGCAAUUG